AUGGCAGACUACUCCUCCAAGUACAAGGUGGUGAUGCUGCUGCUAUUGGCGCUGGUCAUUACUAGUGAGCAUGUGGCGAGUGGUGACGUGGACAAGGACAGGGAGAAAUGUGGAAACCAACUAGUGGGCUUGGCCACGUGUCUUCCCUACGUUAGCGGGGACUCCAUAAGCCCAGCGCCGGACUGCUGCACGGGACUCGGCACUCUCCUUCGCACCAGCCCGCAGUGCCUCUGCCUGCUCGUCAAGGACCGGAAUGACCCCAGCCUAGGCCUCAACAUCAACGCCACGCGUGCAAUGGCCCUCCCAUCUUACUGCCAUGCCCCCGCUAAUAUAUCUGCUUGUCCCACGAACUCAAGUAGUGAGAAUGCGAGGACGGCCACAAAUGCGGGUGAAAGUAAUGGAGGAAAGAUGAGGAAGCGAUGGAUAGGUGGAAUUGAAAUG